AUGGGCCCCAUGGGCACCGAAAUGUGCAAUAUCACACUCAGGAUUGAAGGGGACCACUUCCUUGAGCCUCACAGGGGAGAAAUAUCGUCAGCAUGCGUCGAGAUAUCCUGGAAAUUCAACCGCGUGCAAUAUCACGACAGUUACCUGUUACCGCGCUCGGACUAUCCUAUGCGACUUCGACCCGAUUUGGCCACUUAUAACGAGGCCAAAAUUCUCCCCAUAGUACUUAUCAAAUCGUGGCUGCAUACAUGCGAGGGCGAGCAUGAAGUCUGUCGGUCUGAUCCCGCCAACGAGUUGGACAUGUCGCUCUAUCUCAUCGAUGUAGUCGAGGAGUGCAUUACUCUGAAGCCCGUCUCGAAUGUGCGCUAUAUAGCUCUAAGCUACGUUUGGGGUAACGUCAAGUCUACCAACUUAACCUCUGGAAACAUGGAGGAGCUUCAAAAACCCCGAAGCCUGUCAUCCGGAUCAAAUGUCGCUACUGUUCCGCAGACUAUUAGAGAUGCUAUACGUCUCACCGCAGACUUAGACGUCCGCUACCUAUGGGUGGACUGUCUCUGCCUGAUUCAGAACGAUCCCAAUCUCUCCUUCUAUCUGGACCGAAUGCAUCUGAUCUAUGCCAAUGCUUUCGUGACCAUCGUGGUAGCAAACAAGGACAACGCGAACGGCGGCAUCACUGGCUACAAUACCCAUUCAACUGACCGCACUCCACCUGGAAAAGUCAUAAACUAUCCAAACUUCGUGCUUGGCAUUGUUGAAGAGCCUCAACUGGCAGCCGUUGCUGCCUUACCAUGGCGUUCGCGGGCUUGGACACUACAAGAAGGCUUUUUUUCUCGACGGGCGUUGAUAAUCGACGAUCGCAUUUGUCUCAAAUGUGUGGAGGACUUCUCAGAAGAGGGUUCAGAUUUUGGCUUCAAGCUCAGUAUCAAUCUGUCAGUCAGAAUGCGAGGCCUCGUGCCAACCCUGUGUCAAGCCUCGCCGAGUGAAUGGGAACCAUACUGGCUCGAAUACUCACUGGCGGCAAGAAGUUUCGCCCCUCGCGCAUUAUCGUACGACCAAGAUUCUAUAAAAGCGUUCUCAGGGGUCAUCAACUACUACACGAGCCUAGAUAAACUUCAGCGGAAAGCCAACACAGGAUUACUAUUUGGUCACCCAUUGUGCGACAUGACUUUCGACCACUGGCCUCGGCAAUUACCCCAGGGCGAACCUGGUGGCUUGGAUUUCAUCGGUAUCUCCUAUGGUGAACAUGGUCAAUUCCGCGGCUCCGGAAUUCCCGAAGUUGAUGCGCUUUGCAUCAUCCCAGUCGACGGAAAACCAGGCGUAUUCGAGAGGCUGGGUGUUGCUAGAAUCUCGAAGGACGCAUGGGAUCAGGCUGCUCAGUUCGAUGAGAAUAUCAUACUAGGAUAG